CUCCUCCUCCUGCUGCUGCUGUCCACACACCAGCUGCCCUCUCCUUUUGUUUACUCCUUAUGCAGCACUAAGGUUACCAUGUCAUUAAACUUCACAUCACGUUUGGACACAUCCGUCACAAGAAAGUUUUUGGGAAGUGGCGGCUAAUGUUAGCAAUGUAGCCAUGGGAAUUUCUUGUGCCUUUGCGGGUAUUAGAACUUUCGGCCUAUAGGUGUACUGUGAAUAUUCAAGCAUUCACCAUGUUAGUUCCUUAGGCUGGAGCUCUGGAACUGAAAGGAUGAUAUCAUUAAGCUCUCCAUCUCUGUAUUUGUGAAGCCUGUUUCAAAAAAGAGCUAAACAGAGAGCCAAAGAAGGAUGUUCAGGCAAUCAGAACAAGGCAGGAGGCGUGUAAAUGCCCAGCCAUCUGCUCGCAUUAGAGGAGUGGAGGUUGCAAGGGGGAGAACAGGCUAUGGCUUCACACUCUCUGGUCAGUCUCCAUGUGUUCUGAAUUGCAUCCUUAAGGGUAGUCCAGCUGAUUAUGUGGGCCUUCGCUCUGGAGAUCAGAUCCUGAGUGUGAAUGACAUUAAUGUGUCCAAAGCUUCUCAUGAGGAUGUUGUUAAGCUGAUUGGCCGCUGCACAGGUGUCCUACACUUAGUCAUUGCCGAAGGCAGUCAUAAAAACGGCCACGUUGAUUCGUGUUCAAGUGAUGAAGAACUGGAGUUCCAUGACCACAAGAGCCACUGGCUGAGGCCAAAGAUGGACUCAAAGACACUAGGCAUAAACCGUGCAGAACGUGUUGUAGCAGAGAUGCAGUCUGGUGGGAUCUUCAACAUGAUCUUUGAAAAUUCGAGCCACUCAUCCAGCAGCUCAGAAAGAGCAGUUGCUUGUGCCUCUGCUUCCAAACCAAGGGCUGUCUCAGAGCCAGAAUUCCCUUAUGUGAGCGUCAACACCCAAAAAAGUGAUCCCAACUUGCUCACUGAGGAAGAGAUGGCCAAAGUGCUCAAUGACGACUCUGUGUUUGUUGAUAUGUUUGAACCGCAAGAUGAAUUUGCCCUGUUGCAAACUGCAGACUCUGCAGGAAUACUCAAUGUUGGGAUGAUUGUGGGUUACUUGGGAUCUAUUGAAUUAGCUUCAACAAGUGCCAAUUUAGAAAGUGACAGCCUGCAGGCAAUACGUGGCUGUAUGCGACGUCUACGUGCCGAACAAAAAGUGCACUCGUUGGUUUUGCUUAAAGUCAUGCAUGAUUGUGUGCAACUAUGCAAUGACCGAGGUGCUGUUCUAGCAACUUACCCUGCAGAGAAGUUAGCCUUCAGUGCUGUGUGUCCAGACGACCGCCGCUUUUUUGGCCUUGUCACCAUGCAAGCAACAAAUGACCACCGCAUGUAUAGGCAUGGUGAGGAGGAGCAAGGCUUACGGACAUCUUGUCAUGUCUUCAUUGUAGACCCGGAACUCUGUCAUCAUAAAAUCCACCAGGGUAUUGCCCGACGCUUUGGCUUUGACUGCACUCCAGACCCAGAUACUGGUGGCUGCUUGGAGUUCCCACCGACUUCUCAGCCACUUCUACAGUUUGUGUCUGUUCUGUAUCGUGACAUGGGAGAAUCCAUAGAGGGUAUGCGAGCUCGAGCUUUCCUUGAUGGUGACUUAGAUGCUCAGCAGAACAACAGCACAAGCAGCAACAGUGACAGCGGCAUUGGGAACUUCUUGCCAGAGGAAAAGAACAACCGAGUCCUCUUGGUGGACUUGGGUGCAAAUCCUAGUCGACAUGUUCCUACAGGACCUUGGGAAAACCCUAUGGGAUCUUUUUGCCAGGGUGCCAUAGGAGGUCUUCCGCCACCACCUCCUCCGCCACCGAUCUCACAUCGUAACGGAUUUCGGCAUGAGCAGUUUGUGGAUCACCCUCAGCCCCAUCCACAUUCCCAUGGAGACCCACCUCUGCUUUCUGGCAGGCAUCUAAACUCCUCCUCACGGCUGGAUGUGUCAGGCCUUCCUUCGCGCUCACACUAUUCUGCUCAUGGCAAGAAAGCGGCAGGGGCAUCAGGCCAGCGCUGGCUGCCAGUUCACGUCCUGAGGGAUUGGCGUCAGGGACACAGCAGUGAUCAGGAGUCUUAUGCAGAGUCCACAGACGGAUGGUCCAGUGCUAACUGUAGCACCCUGCCACCACCGAUGAGCAAGAUUCCAGCUGACCGGUACCGUGCUGCAGGCGAAAUCGCCUCACAGCCUCACCGGCUUCAUGCACAGAAGGAUGAGUGGGCUAAGAAGCUGUUUGGGGAGAAGAACCUACGAGAGCAUUCACAACAAUCGAACAAUGUCAGAAGAGCUAAAGAUUCAGAAAAAAAGGGUGGAAGGUUCAAAGGGAUCACUAUGGGCUUUCCUCAGCGUUCCUCUGGCCGACGAUCUUUUGGACGUUCCAAGCGUCUUAGCAUGGCUCGCUCACUUGAUGACCUUGAGUCUGCAGCUGUCUCUGAUGGUGAGCUUAACAGUGUGGACCUGAAAGGCUGCGGCAGUGAUAACAGUCUGAACAGCAAUGCCAGCCUACCUAGCGUGCAAUGCCAUAGACGGCACACUGAACGGCGCGUUGCAUCGUGGGCCGUCUGCUUUGAGCGCCUGCUACAGGAUCCCGUCGGUGUCCGAUAUUUCUCGGAGUUUCUAAAGAAGGAGUUUAGCGAAGAGAAUAUUUUAUUUUGGCAAGCUUGUGAAUAUUUCAGCCAUGUACCUGAAACAGACAAGAAACAGCUGUCCCAGCGGGCCAGAGAGAUCUACAACAGCUUCCUGUCUAGUAAAGCUACCACACCCGUCAACAUUGAUAGUCAAGCUCAGCUGGCUGACGACAUCCUCAACGCACCGAGGCCAGACAUGUUUAAAGAGCAACAGCUUCAGAUCUUCAACCUGAUGAAGUUUGACAGUUACACACGCUUCCUAAAGUCUUACCUGUAUCAGGAAUGUAUGCUUGCAGAGGUGGAGGGCCGUCCACUUCCAGACCCCUACCAGGUGCCCAGUAGCCCCACAUCCAAACAUAGCACAGGUUCCGACCGCUCCAACCUCUCUACACCUAAAAAGGUGCAGGACGACAAGAAGAGCAAAUCGGGAAGGUCACUGAAUGAAGACAGCAGAGAUGAACAUGGCGAUAAAAAAAAAAGUAUUUUCUUCUCUUGGUCCAGAAAUAGAAGUUUUGGAAAAGGGUCGAAAAAAAGAGACCUCGCAGAUUACAGCUUUACAGGUAGUAACGGAAGGAGAGAAUCACAAGGCUCUUUGUCGUCUGGUGCGAGUUUGGAACUUGCCACUUCCGGUUCUGGAAAAAAUGAGGGUGAGGUGUCGCGUAACUCCAUGUCGUUGUCUGAGCGUGCCGUGCGUCACUGUAACAUUAACCUACCGGAUGGCUCAUGCUGCUCAGUACCCAUCAGGCCCGGCGUCUCCAUCAGAGAGGUGCUCUUAGGCUUGUGUGAGAAACUAGGCAUUAAUCUGGCUGCUGUGGACCUGUUCCUAGUAGGAGGAGAAAAGCCUUUAGUGUUGGACCAGGACUGCAUGACACUGUGCUCCAGGGAUCUGCGGCUGGAGAAACGUACGCUAUUCCGACUGGAUCUGGUGCCUAUAAAUCGUUCUGUUGGACUGAAAGCAAAACCCACUAAGCCGGUUACAGAAGUGCUGAGACCAGUGGUGGCUAAAUAUGGUUUAAACUUAGGAGACCUGGUGGCCACGAUAAGUGGAGAGAAAGAGCCGCUGGAUCUUGGGCUUCCUAUAUCUAAUCUAGAUGGCCUGAGGGUGGUUCUUGAAGCAGGUGACCACGUUUCUGGGAAAGAUAAACAAAAGCUGGUCUCAUCGAAAAGUCACGGUCCACCUCUGUCUACACGAAGCCAAUCUGCCACAGGGGAGGACAAAACGGCAGGAAAGGCUUCGGCUGUGAAAACCAGGGCCCAGGUGGAAAAGCGAAAACAGAAAAAGCUUAAUAUAGAUGAAGCUGAAGAAUUCUUCGAGCUCAUAUCCAAAGCACAGAGCAACAGAGCUGACGACCAGCGGGGUUUGCUGAACAAAUCAGACCUUGUCCUGCCCGACUUCCUGCGCCUCGACACGGAAGCAGACGGCAACAACCUCAGCUCCACACCCAUCUCCCACAAGACUCGACCACGAUCCAAGGAGAAUGGCUCUGCCCUCAGUGCCAGUCACCAAACGCAGAGCUUAGAUUCAGCGGGGGAGGGCAAAGCACCCAGACGAGCACUAAUGCCACCCAACAGUGCCCUCAGAAACACAUCCAGCCGAAUUCCGCCACCGUUCAGUUCCUCGCUCUCCCCAAUCCCACAUUCGCAAAUGGGGGGCUCGUCCGGGAUCACAGACUGGAGGAGUGACGGAGGGGUCCAGGCACUGGAGGAAGAGGAGAGCGGCAUGGACCUGACUUUUGUUGCCGAAGGCGACAUCACAAGCCCUAACAGCUCUCUCCUUCACCAGUCCCCCAUUCCUCUCCCUCCUUCCCCAGAGCGAUCACACCUCCUGAAGGAGGACACUUGCCAGGACAGCUGGGCUCGAUCAGGCGGACUUAUGACCAAGACAGUGGUAUCAAACAGAAACCGCUUCUCUUCAGUGAAAAAUGAAAGACGGCAGAGAGACAGGACCAGUGUUUCCAAAUAUUCCCACAGGAGGGCACCCUCCGCCCCACCUCCUCCACCUCCACAUCCACCUCCCGCUCCUCCAUCAGCUCCACCCAGGGUCAGAGGAGCAGGCAAGCGCUCUCCUCUUCAUGUGCGAGGGGCUCUUGACGUUGAUGGGAUCCAUUGUGGUGACCUUGGUGGUGAUAAUAGAGAAUCCGAGGGCUUGGAGAGGGUGGUUGGUGAUCUGAAAACCAGCAAAGGAAGAAUGAGAACAGGAGUUUAUCAGACCUCAGACCAAGCUGAACUGCUGCCUACGAAAAAGCGCAUUGAUCCAGUGGCAAAAAAAUCAAUCAAGCCUUCAGUUAAAACGUCAAGCAAGAAGAGCAACCACAGCAAAAACAAUGCCACUUUUGUCUGACGUGACAAUAAGCUGAACUUGGGGAUCAUUAACAAUCUAUUGGUGGCAAUCUACUCUUUUCCCAGUACAGUAGAAAAUGGUGGGCUCUCUACAAAAUGGUCUUGUUUGCACCUGGUAUUUAGAGAUUAAGCUUUAGGUUCAUUCACAAGUGGACAAUGGUGCGGGUGUAAAUGGGGUCUGAAACCAUUUUGACUUGUCAAUUUUGACCACUUUAGCCCUGUUUAUAACUAGUAUUGAAAUGCGUUUUCAUCAAAAUUCAAUAGCAAGUGAAUGACUAAAUCCUAGUGUAAACAGAACCAAAGCCAUUUUGUGCUAAUCCAUUUUUGUCCAUUUUGGCCUUUUAUUAAAAUACAUCUUUUGUCAAUUUAAUCACAAGUUGAUGACUUCAAAUACAAGUGUAAACAGAACAAAAACCAUGUUGAGCUUGUCCAUUUUUUAAACCACUUUAGCCCUGCUUAUACAAGCAUUAAAAUUCUGCUGUCAGAUACUAUUGGAGAAAUCACAAAUAGAUGACUGAAUUCAAGUGUAAACAGGACUGAAACCAUUCUGAGCUAGAUUAUUUUUGAUCACUUCAACCCUGUUUAUGCCCAGUAUUAAAUGCAUUUUAACAAAUUUCAUCACAAGUGGAUUAUUCUGAUUGCAAGUGUAAACAGGACUGAAACCGGUUUGAGUUUGUCCAUUUUUUAAACCACUUUAGCCCUGUUUAAACCAGAAUUAAAAUGCAAAUUCAUCAAUUUGAUCUCAAGUGGCUGAACAAAAGUGUAAACAGAAUCUAAACCAUUUUGAGAUUGUCCACCUUUAACCACUGUUCAGAUCUAGUAUUAAGAUACAUUUUCAUCAAUCUGAUCUCAAGUAGAAUAUGGUGAAUACAAGCAAAAAACAGGACCAAAACCAUUUUGACCUUGUUCAUUUUUGACCACUUUAACCCUGUUUAUAUCCAGUAUUAAAUGCAUUUUGAGCAAUUUAACACAAGUGGAUUACUCUGAAUGCAAGUGUAAACAGAACCUAAACCAUUUUGAAAUAGUCCACAUUCAACCACUUUGGUACUGUUCAUAUCUAGUAUUAGGGUGCAAAUUUGUCAAUCUGAUGUCAAGUUGAAUAUGGUGAAUACAAGUAUAAACACGUCACUUUAACCCUGUUUAUACCCAGGUUCAAAUGUAUUUCAAUAAAUUUGAUCACUAGUGGAUUACCCUGAAUGCAAGUUUAAACAGAACCUAAACCAUUUUGAGCUUGUCCAUUUUUUUUAAAAACACGUUUGCCCUUUUUAAACCAGUAUUAAAAUGCAUUUUCAGCAAUUAGAUCAAAAGAGGAUGACUCUGGAUGCAAGUGUAAACAGAACAGAACCUCUUUGAGAUUGUCCACAUUCAACCACUUUGGCACUGUUCAGAUCUAGUAAUAAGGUACAUAUUUGUCAAAACAUUUCAAGUAAAUAUGCUAAAUACAAGUGUAAACAAGUGCGAAACCAUUUUGAGCUUGUUCAUUUUUGAUCACUUUAACCCUGUUUAUACCCUGUAUUAAAUGCAUUUUAAUAAAUUUGA